AGGAAAUAUGUAUGCGCUAGCCCUCUACUGGCAUGUUUUUCCUUUGUGCUCUUUGCUUAAGAAACGCUGCCUCGGUCGCCAGCAGUGAUCCAGGAAGCAGCGGGAGGGGCUCUCAUCUAGAGCAGGGGUUCCAGCGAUCAUGGAGGACCUCAUCUUUGCUGCAGCCAAGGUCAUGUCCGUCUGGCUCACUGUGGUGUUUACACUGAUAGUGUUGCCAUCGGUGUUCGGAGCGUCGCUGGGGAUUUCUGAACUCUACAUGAGAAUUUUAGUAAAAACCCUGGAGUGGGCCACAAUACGAAUCCAGAAAGGAGUCAAACAGGAGCAGGCAAUGGCACUUAAGAACUCUGCUUCCAGUGGCAUCAUACAGCGAGAUGAAACCACUAUGGAGAAGGAGAUCGCGGGUCUGCACCGUGUAGACUUUGAACUCUCCGAUGUGUUCUACUUCUCCAAGAAGGGGAUUGAGGCUAUUGUGGAAGAUGAAGUCACCCAAAGGUUUUCCUCAGAGGAACUAGUCUCCUGGAACCUCCUUACAAGGACUAAUGUCAACUUCCAGUACAUCAGCCUGCGUCUGACUGUAGUGUGGGUCCUUGGGGUCCUCAUCCGCUACUGUCUCCUGCUGCCUCUUCGUGUGACCUUGGCUGCCAUUGGGAUUGUUUCAAUGAUUGUGGGAACCACACUUGUAGGGCAGUUGCCAAACAGCAACGCUAAAGAUUGGCUUAGUGAACUGGUCCACCUGACAUGCUCCCGGAUCCUCGUCAGAGCUCUGUCUGGUACCAUCACAUACCAUAACAAGGAAAACAGACCACAGAAAGGAGGUAUAUGUGUUGCCAACCACACAUCUCCAAUAGAUGUUUUAAUCCUGACUAAUGACGGCUGCUAUGCAAUGGUUGGCCAGGCUCAUGGGGGUCUAAUGGGACUUAUUCAGAGAUCCACCGUCAAAGCCUGUCCCCAUGUCUGGUUUGAACGCUCAGAAAUGAAAGACCGCCACCUAGUGACAAAAAGACUGAGAGAACACAUAGCAGAUAAGAACAAACUGCCAAUCUUAAUUUUUCCAGAAGGCACUUGUAUAAACAACACAUCAGUAAUGAUGUUUAAGAAAGGAAGCUUUGAAAUAGGAGGGACCAUUUAUCCAGUUGCAAUCAAGUAUGACCCUCAGUUUGGAGAUGCGUUCUGGAACAGCAGCAAAUAUGACAUCGUGAGCUACCUGUUGCGAAUAAUGACAAGUUGGGCCAUUGUGUGCAACGUCUGGUACAUGCCACCGAUGGUCAGAGAGGAAGGAGAAGAUGCCGUCCAGUUUGCCAACAGAGUGAAGUCAGCCAUUGCUCGCCAAGGAGGACUGACUGAGCUUUCCUGGGAUGGAGGUCUGAAAAGGGCCAAAGUCAAAGACACUUUCAAGGAGCAGCAGCAGAAAAACUACAGCAAGAUGAUAGUAGGAAAUGGAUCAACAGGAAAUCCAUCAAUGGGAGCAGAAUGAGACUGAAUCCCAGCUUUUUCCAACUAAGUUUCCCAGGACUAGCUCUUACAGGAAUACUGUAGGGUUUUUCAUUUAGAAAAACCAAACCUAUUCUAAUGUGUGUGUCACCUUUAUGUGGAUGGGGCAGAACAUCCACACGGGGCAGUAUUUUGUUAUGUAUUUUUCUUGAAAGUAUGAUAUUCCACUGAAUUGCAGCUCCCGGUAUCAUGGAAUAGAACCUGACAUAAAACUAGGGGGGAGAGUGCAGUUUUUAAAAACUGUACAUGACAUUCUCUUGAACCUCUGA